CCGGCCAGAGACACAUACUGGGGAGUGGAGCUGAGCACUUUGGAAAACAGUUUUAAUUUAUCAUUUGCUAUAUCAGGUUAAGAGCGUGGGUCAACGUACGUUUUUCUGUUUUUGUGACUGAAGUCUUGAAAUACAUCCCGCUGUUCGCUGUAACGGCAGGUAGAACAAUGACAGCGUGUACACAGUCGAGUCUGAAUGCGUGGAGAGCGGCUUUACCUUUCCAUGUCGGUGUUAGGCAGUGACACAGCAUACAGACUACGAAUAACGGUACUCUAGUAUGUCGGUGACUAGUCAGGACAAUCAGCUGUAUCAACUGGAUACGUAGUUGUGUCGUUGUUUUCUCAGUGCUGUGGAGGCAGAAAGGUUGCAGCGUCCUGAUACAGGUCAGUUUGAGCCGCGCGUAGGACGCACAUACAAGUACACUGGCGGUUGUUGUUGAUAGUAAGCGGCACAGUGGGGCAGUGGUAACUGUUAGCCUGGUUCUGUUUCCACUGGAGGCCGGCGAUCUCCGUACAGGGAUCAACACACCCUUAGGAGAAGGAGCCAAGUCAUUAAGGGUUGAAAAAAGGUACACCAUCACCUCCAAGAGCCAGCUCUCAAGAUGGCGGCCAUGAUACCUACAUCCAUGGCAAUACUCUUGGUGUCGUCUGCUUCGGCCCUAACGGAGAUAGUGCAGACCAAAUAUGGACGCUAUAAUGGUUUUAUAGAAGAAAUGGAGGACGGAAAUAUAACUAAGUUUCUAGGAAUACCUUAUGCCAAACCUCCUACCGGGGGCAGACGAUUCAGGGCCCCCGAGGCUCUCGCUGAACAGGAAAACAUCACUGUCGAAGCUGUUCAGUUCAAACCGGCGUGUCCGCAAAAUGAAGCCAUAUUCAGGAAUAUUUACGCCCCUCAUUUGGAGAAUAAAACCAUGAGUGAGGAUUGUCUGUACCUGAACGUAUAUGUUCCAGGCACUGUGGACCGGACGAGGCAAGAACUACUGGCUGUGAUGGUCUGGAUUCAUAGCGGAGCGUUUCAGUUCGGAGCUGGAUCUCUUCACGACGGUUCUCGACUUGCACUAACUGGGGAUGUGAUCGUCGUCACCAUUAACUACAGACUCGGGUUACUUGGUUUCCUAGGAACUGAGGAUAUAGUUGCUAGGGGCAACUGGGGAUUGAUGGAUCAGACGAAAGCUUUAGAGUGGGUGCAGGUAAACAUAGAACAUUUCGGCGGCAACCCAGGCAAUGUGACCCUGUUUGGCGAAUCCUCCGGCGCGUACAGUGUAGGACUUCACAUUCUUAGUCCGCUCUCCCAUGGUCUCUUCAAUCGUGCCAUAUCGCAGAGCGGUUCUGCCAUUAUGAACGGUUUGAACAGACGGCCUCGAGAACGAGUCGUCAAAGUCGCCCAGUACCUCAAUUGUUCCAAUGGGAACUACCCCCAGUCAACCCUCAGUCUGGUCACGUGUCUCCGGCACGCAGACGUGAACGUCCUCGUCAAAGCAGACGGAAGCAUCGCGUCAUCAAUAGCACCCUUUACCCCAACAAUCGACGGACAUUUUCUUCCAAAAGAGCCAUUGGAUCUGAUGAAACAGGGAACAUUUGCCGCUGUGGAUUACAUCAUUGGCAUGAAUAGUGACGAAGGCUCGGCGACGCUCGAGACCAUGCCUUCUGUGCUGGAUGGUGAGGGGAUGAACAGGGCCAUGUUUGAAACAUUCCUGUCUCGGACUUUUAUAGCCAGAUACCCAUCCCCUCUUCCAGCACGUGUCACGGAUGUCGUCUGGUCGACACUUCUGUCACACUACCUUCCAGCAGACGACACAGUGGCAGCGUACAGACGACGCUACUUGGAUGCUUGUAGGGACGUGUUCGCCGCUCAAACCCUUCAGUAUGCAAAUUACCACUCCACCAAAGCCGACUGCUUCGUGUACUACUUCACCCACCGACCGUCUCGCUCUCAGUACCCAGACUACAUCCGGGCUGCGCACUCAGACGACCUUCAGUUUGUGUUUGGCGACAUCCAGAAUCUGGGCACACGUGAAGAAACAGAACUUAGUGCUGAUUGGAUGGAUGCUUGGGCGUCGUUUGCGAAAUAUGGAAAUCCCAACUUCAAUUCGAGUCAGCUUGAGUGGCAGCACUACAGUGAGUCGACGAGAUCGUAUUUGGAAAUAACUGUAAAUAUGUCGGAGUCAAAUUCGAAAACGAGGCUUUUAGAAGGCGGAAUCAUGCUAUGGAAUGAUGUUCUUCCGGGAAUAGCAACCAUGGCCACAGGUCAAAGGCCACAGGUGUCAAUGGCGGCUGCGGGCCAGGGAAUGAUCGCUCUUCGACAGAAUAUGAUGUCAAAAGCUAGUGACAAGGACUGGGGGAUGAGCGCCAAGCAGGCCGAGGAAGUCAUGCUGAGUCUGAUUCUAGUUGUCACGUUCCUCGUAGUCAUCUGCGCAGCUCUCGUGCGCAUGGUCUGCUACAUUGACAGGAAGCGAGUCCCGCCACCAAGAGGGUCGAGUUUUGUGAACGAAGCUUAUGACUUGAACUUAAUAAACAAAUGUUCAAAUGGGGAAACAGCCAGAACUAGAUGUCCUCACAAAAGCAUGGAGAGUGCAACAAAGUUAUGAUUGACACGUGACGUCAUAAUUUUUCCAAAGUAACUUAUCAUCUCAUCCAUGUUGGAACUCGUUUCAUUUACAUGACUGUCACAUCACACACCUCAGCUGUCGUGUCGCGGAAGAAAAGGAUGAAAGUGUUUUUGUUUUUUGUCUGCAAAUGAAAGUGUAAAAAUACCUUGAACGAUCAAAAAGGCAUGUCUUUCUUUCACGAAAGAAACGCGGCAGAAGCUCACGGUGAACAGUCUACAGUUUCACUAUAUGCAUCACUACUCCACAACUUCCGGAGGAGAUGAAAUGAGCUGGGUUGACCGGAGUGCAUGCCAAGAGUGACGGACGUUUACUAUUGUUUGCGGCAGCCAAUGAAAAGCAAUACAGCAACAUACAAUGACAUCAUAAACAGCGUGUAGUGGCCGGGCUAUUGUAACUAUUGAUCCAUUACGCUCGUCCUUCGUCUUUUGAUUUUAUUUUUGUAUUUAUGAUUUCGGUCAUUUGGCUCUAUUUAUUCAUGAUUUAAGCCAUUUUGCUGUAUUUGUUUUUAAUGAUUUCAGUCAUUUUGCUUUGUUUAUUCAUGAUUUCAGUCCACUAUUCACGAUUUCAGUCCAUUAUUCAUGAUUUCAGUCCAUUAUUCAUGGUUUCAGUCCAUUAUACACGAUUUCAGUAAUAUGGCUUGUAAUUUGUGUAUUUAUGAUUUCAUUGUUCUUUGGGUCUUGCACCAUAGCCUCGCUGUCCUGUAUCAAAUUUGUUAUGAUGGAUUCGUAAUCGAGGUAUAUUUAUUAAUUGCUCUGAUGUUUGUGAAUAAAGCGAUUGCUGCAAGAGGCAAUCUUGACCAGUA